UAAAUGGAACGCAGAGAUCCCUCCUCCACUUCAAUGCUGUAAAGACUAGCUCGUCAGUCCGAUAGCAUGGCUUAAACUACUUUUAAGUAGCGCGCAGAUUUGGAACUGUAGCUUCGUUAGUUCCCACAUUAGCCGAUAGGUGGCAGGACAUAAUACGCCAUCUGGCGUUAGAAGAUAGGAACUAAUUAACCUACAAUUUCAAGAGCGUGUAGUUCAUCCUGUUCGACGGACAGAUGGCGCUACCAGUUCCAUAGGUUAGAGUACUCCGUGUUAGGUGUAGAUUAGGUUAGGAUAUAAUUAGAAUGAUUUUUUAAAUAAAUUUUAGAAUAAUUUUUUAAAUAAUUUUGCAAAUAUAUAUAAUCAUUAAUGUUUAAUGAAAUAUCAUGUUUUUGAUUAAUAAAAAACCAAUAAAACGAAAAAUAAUCAGUAUUUCUUUGAAGCAGGAUUUUUGUCCCGCUAGAUUAGCCAAACGACACACUGUGCGCCGUAAGGGCGCGUGCGCAUUACUUUUAGUGGCGUGUCUUGUUAGGACCGAUCAGCGCUGAUAUGCGCAAAUAAAUGAAAACUUGUCGUUUGACGUAUCCUAUUAUUUGUGAAAUAGAAUAAAAUAAAUUGUACAUAUAGAUGUAUGAUUGAAAACAUGUUUAAUUUCUUUAAUAAUGUAGGAAUUUGCAUAAGUUAGAUAAAAUUGUACUUAAUAAUGCUUACAAUACAAUUCGGACAAUGUGGAAAUCAGUUGGGACAUACAUUAUUUUCAAAAAUAUCAUCUGAUUUGAAAUACACGAAUACUGGAGUAUCAUAUAAUGCUAAUUAUCAAUAUUCUGAAGAUACAUUUAAUAAAUGGUUUACUGGUAUAUCUAAGCACAAUAAAUGGUUGUCAAGAGCAAUUCUUGUAGAUACAGAACAAAAAGUAAUUAACAAAAUUUAUAAUGAUACAAGUACAUCGUGGGCGUAUCCAAAAGAAAAUAUAAUUUGUCAAACUGGCGGUGGUUGUGCAAAUAAUUGGGCUUUUGGUUAUUUAAAAAAUGGACAAGAGUUAAGCGAUUUAGUUCUAAACUGCGUCAGGCAAGAAGUAGAAAAGACAGAUCAUUUUGAUGGUUUUCUUUUACUCCUAAGUUCUGCAGGUGGAACAGGAUCUGGUAUUGGCAGCUUCAUGGCAGGAAUGAUACGUGAAGAAUAUGAAACAAAACCAAUCAUUACCACAACAGUAUUACCAUUUUCCUUUGGAGAAGUGUGUACUCAAAAAUAUAAUACACUAUUAACCUUAGCAAAACUCUAUGAUCAAAAUGAUAUAAACAUUUUAUUUGAAAAUGAACAAAUAUAUAAUAUAUGUACAAAUUUAUUAAAAGAACCUGCUACAAAUUUGCAAGACAUUAAUGAGAUUAUUUCAGAAAAGUUAUUGGCCAUUUUUCAACCAUUAAAUGAUACAAACAUGAAUUCAUUGUUAUCUCGCGUAGCAUCUCAUCCUUCUUACAAAUUAGCAACAAUCAAGAGUACUCCACAUAUACCAACAAUGUCUGCAAAAUAUGAAUCUAUGUGUAACUGGAAUUCAUAUAUGCAUCAUUUGAAACAGAUGCUUCGAAUACCCAACUUAAAUAUGCAAUUAACUGAUGCCGAAUUAAAGACACCGACUACCUCGUUUGGGAGUACAGCACAUCAUGCAUAUACGUGUUCAGUGUCAAAUAUCUUGGUAACACGUGGAUCUGUAACAGAUAAAGAUUCUAUUAAUACAAAUGAAUUUAGAGAAAAACAUUUAUACGCAGACUGGAAUACAACUGAUUGGUUUACCCAUUUGCAUCAAAAUAGAAAAAUUUUAAACCACGAUAAAUUUCUUGCCUUAAUAACUAAUAAUUCCCAAAUUUGUGAUCCUCUGGAUAUACUUUUAGAAAAGACCUGGACUUCUUACAUUAAUGCUGCCUUUUUACAUCAAUAUAAACAACAUGGUUUAGAGGAAGACGAUUUUUUACAAGCAUUUGCAGUACUUGAAAAUGUUGUAAAAGAAUAUAAAGAAUUAACUACUCAUGUAAAAAGAUAAUAUGAUUAUAAAUAAUUCAAUUUUUAAUAAUUUAUGGAUCAUAUAACUUUCUAUAUGAUAUUAAUAUUCAAUAUAUGUCGAAUCAUAUUAAUAGCAGAAAAACAAAUUUAAAUAUUGCAUGCAUCGAAAAAUAAGCACACACGAAAAAUGACGACAGAAUAAAAUUAUCUAAUUUCCGAUAUCAUACAAAUUUAUUUAUAUGUAUAAUGACAGUAAGAGAAGAAAAAAGAACAUCAGUAUUAACCAAAAAUAAAAUAUUUAUGAGAUAAGAUAAUUGAUCAACAAUGACUUUUUAUUUGAUUGAGAAAAAAUGGAACAGAACGGAAUAAAUAGUUCUCCUAGUGUGCAUCCAUCCUACAAUAUAGGAAAGUGCUUUUGCGCCUGUGCAAAGGGGCAGUCGAAUCUGCCGAAACAUAAAAGAAAAAG